GAGUCGCAAUACUUUAGAUUCAGCUUUGAUUAUUAUUUUUCCCAUUUCGAGAAAUGUAGAAGGAAGGAAGGUCAAUUUGAAUCUGGGGUUUGAAGUUGUUUUGGCAACAAUGGGGUGUGCGACUUCAAAACAAACACUUUGUGCCAAAUGCAACGCCCCCUGCUCUCCCGUCCGCCGGAGGAACUCAACCCACGGCGGGGAGUUCCACCACGCCGUUGCCCUCACAUCCUCCACCAUUGGAUCUCUCAAGCUCGACUCCCCGAACCCGAAUCAGGUUCGUCUGAUCAACCGCAGCGGCUGCGAUGACAAGGGCUUAGGAUUGGUGGAGUCGAAAGCGUGGUCGGAGAUGAUCAACCAAAAAAUUGAGAGGGUUGUUCCCAAGACGCCUAUCCGGACUCCUCCGGGCGAGCCCGAGACGAUCAAUGCUUGGGAACUGAUGGAGGGCCUCGAAGGCGGAGGCGUUAUCAGCCCUAACCCUUCCUUUGUCCGAAGCUUCUCCUUUGAUCUUUCUCCUAAUUUGUGUUCGUUCCAUUGCGAUGAUCGGCCCACACCCAAAGGAACAUCAUCGGAGACAAGUAAUGAAUGGAAAGAGUUCACUCUCAAGGACAAAGAAACACCAUCGGAGACAAGUAGUGAAUGGAAAGAAUUGACUCACAAGGAUAAAGAAACAUCACAGGAGGCGAAUAAUGAGGAGCCGAUGAAGAAGAGAGUCGUGGUCUACUUCACGAGCCUGAGGGGGGUGAGAAAGACGUACGAAGAUUGUUGCAAUGUCAGGGCAAUUUUGAAGGGGCUCGGGGUGAAGAGCGACGAAAGGGAUUUGUCUAUGGAUUCCGGGUUCAAAGAGGAGUUGAAAGAGCUUCUGGGGGAUGGCUACAUUAGAAGUGGUUGCUUGCCAAGCGUGUUUGUGGGGAGAAAGUGCCUCGGCGGGGCUGAAGAGAUAAGGCGAAUGCACGAGAACGGGCAGCUUGAGAUGGCCAUACAAGGGUGUGAAAGGGUUGUCGUUGAUGGCUACUCCUAUGUUCUCAAGCAGACUCAACCCUUUCAGGUAGAUCUCAAAUUUUUUCAAUCAGAUGAGAUAGGUGGUCAGAGAGUAGCAAAAUUUACAAAGGAUGAUAUAAUUGAAGACUGUGGGAUCUGGGACCAAGCUGUAGUAUGUUGUGUUCUUGGGGCUAACCCCCCUUUAGAGGUCUUUAAAGGUUUUGUUACUCAGAUCUGGAAAGGUUAUAAUAUUGUUGAUGUAUCAUUUGCAAAGGAGGGUGAGUUCAAUGUCUAUUUCAAAACUGUGGAAGAGAGGAAUGAGAUAAGUAAACGAAAGUAUUACUUCUUCGAUAACAAACCUAUGCUGGUUCAGAAUUGGGUCUUUGGUAAAGUAGUUGAUACCACAAAACUGAGUGAUAUACCAAUUUGGAUCCAAUUCCCUAACCUCCAAAUGAAGUAUAGGAGUUUAAUAGGAAAACCCAUUAAAAGAGAUAAAGCCACAACCACUAAAACUAAAUGGAACUUUGCUAGAAUCGAAGUUGAAGUCCAAGUCCAACAGGUUUUUCCUGAUAAAAUACAAUUUGUGGAUGAGGAUGAAAGGGUUAUUUCUCAAGAAGUCACAUAUGAAUGGAAACCUAUAAUGGAAGGUUGUGUUCUGGGAACACUCUCAACAUUGUUCUCUGGGAAGGGCGGGCCAUUCUUGGAACUUGUUGAGAAUUUCUUAAAAAUUGGCAUUACCACUCAAGGAAUUGCAAAGAAGGAAGUGUCCUUGGAUCUGCAACAAUCUUCAUCAAUCAGGUUGUGCAAAUCCAAGAGGAGGAAGAAGAUAAGAAUGGAGAAUGGGGAUGGAAAUGAGAACCCUUUACAGAAGCCACCCAAGAGUCACCUUCAUGAAGGCACAACAAUACCUUCUUCUUCUUCUUCUUCUUCUUCCUCGUCGUCAUCAUCUUCUUCUUCUUCGUGUUUUGAAGAUCAAACAAUCAAUCCAGAACAAUCUGAGCACUCACCUAGCCAUGCCGAAUCGUUAUCUUGUCAAGACAUUACAACCCACACGCCUCGAUGGAGCAUGAUGAGUGGUUCUCCUAGUGAUAGCGCUUGCGCAUCUUCAUCCCCCGAGAACCAAUCACAUCAAACCACCCAACUCACAGGAUAUGAUCCUAGUCGCAUUCCUCUCACGGUUUUUGACACCAAGCCUACAGAUGCAGCAGUGGACUGGAGUGUCGCGUCUACGGAGUCAUUGUUCAGCGUUCACAUGGGUAAUAAUAGCUUUUCCAGAGACAAUGCACUAUUGCAGAUGAACAAUACAUCUGAAGAUGGGACUGCGGCGUUUCCUUCUGAAGCCACUAAGCAACAUAAUGAGCGCAAGAGCUUCUCCUCUGCACUUCCCCCUGUUAUGGAAGGGGCAUUACUGGAUAAUGAGGAGAAGAUUGAGCAUACAUCUGAGGCAUUGCAAGUGCAACAAGGACCCAGUGUAAUUAAAACUCCAAAACCAGUGGACCAGAAGCAAAAGUCCCAAGAUGUUAGGAUAUGUUUUAGGGUUUGAUAGUUUUCCUAUUCUUGUUAUAGUAGGAAUAGAAUUAUGAAUUAUGGUAGGAAUAGAACUUUACUUAUUUG